GUUUGGCUGCAGCAUUCAGCAUAAGUGGGCUGAUCAGAGCUGCAAAGCUGUUCAGGGUGAGCUGACCUCCUCCUGCAGUGAUGACAUGCAUGCAUUGCCUGAGGGCCGAUGCUGCAACCAGUUUCUUGAGAGCUGCAAGAUCUGGGAAUCUGGACAAAGCCUUGGAUCACCUCAGGAAUGGGGUAGAUAUUAACACCUGUAACCAGAACGGGCUGAACGCCUUGCACCUGGCCUCCAAGGAGGGCCAUGUGAAAAUGGUGGUGGAGCUGCUGCACAAGGAGAUCGUUCUGGAGACAACGACCAAGAAGGGAAACACAGCCCUGCACAUUGCUGCCUUGGCUGGACAGCAGGAUGUGGUCCGGGAGCUGGUGAACUAUGGGGCCAAUGUCAACGCACAGUCCCAGAAAGGCUUCACACCUCUCUACAUGGCAGCGCAGGAGAACCACCUGGAAGUUGUGAAGUUCUUGCUGGAAAAUGGAGCCAACCAGAAUGUAGCCACAGAGGACGGCUUCACUCCACUAGCUGUGGCUCUCCAGCAAGGACAUGAGAAUGUGGUUGCUCACCUUAUCAACUAUGGGACAAGGGGUAAGGUCCGUCUGCCUGCCCUGCACAUUGCAGCCCGCAAUGAUGACACUCGCACAGCUGCUGUGCUUCUGCAGAAUGACCCCAAUGCUGAUGUCCUCUCCAAGACUGGAUUCACCCCUUUGCACAUUGCAGCCCACUAUGAGAAUCUCAGUGUGGCCCAAUUACUGCUGAACCGUGGAGCCAGUGUCAACUUCACACCUCAGAAUGGGAUCACUCCCCUGCACAUCGCCUCGCGCCGGGGCAACAUCAUCAUGGUGCGGCUGCUGCUGGACCGGGGCGCCCAGAUCGAGACACGGACCAAGGACGAGCUGACCCCUCUCCACUGUGCAGCACGCAAUGGACAUGUGAGAAUUGCAGAGAUCCUCCUGGACCACGGGGCUCCCAUUCAAGCCAAGACCAAGAACGGCUUGUCGCCGAUCCACAUGGCAGCGCAGGGUGACCACCUGGACUGCGUGCGCCUGCUCCUGCAGUACAGCGCCGACAUCGACGACAUCACCCUGGACCACCUGACACCGCUGCACGUGGCCGCGCACUGCGGCCACCACCGCGUGGCCAAGCUGCUGCUGGAGAAGGGCGCCAAGCCCAACUCCCGAGCCCUGAAUGGCUUCACACCCCUCCAUAUUGCCUGCAAGAAAAACCACAUCCGUGUGAUGGAGCUGCUGCUGAAGACAGGGGCCUCCAUCGAUGCUGUCACAGAGUCCGGCCUGACCCCCCUGCAUGUGGCUGCCUUCAUGGGACACCUGCCCAUUGUCAAGACUCUGCUGCAGCGUGGAGCGUCUCCUAAUGUGUCCAACGUGAAAGUAGAGACUCCGCUACACAUGGCAGCCAGAGCUGGGCACACAGAUGUGGCAAAGUACCUGCUGCAGAACAAAGCCAAAGCCAAUGCUAAGGCCAAGGACGACCAGACUCCUCUGCACUGCGCUGCACGCAUUGGCCACACUGGAAUGGUCAAACUCCUUCUGGAGAACAACGCCAACCCCAACCUGGCCACCACAGCAGGGCACACGCCCCUGCACAUCACUGCCAGAGAGGGGCACAUGGACACAGCCCUGGCCCUGCUGGAGAAGGGAGCCUCACAGACCUGCAUGACCAAGAAAGGAUUUACCCCUCUCCACGUUGCAGCCAAGUAUGGAAAGGUGGAUGUGGCAGAGCUGCUGUUGGCACAUGACGCUCACCCCAAUGCAGCAGGGAAGAAUGGCCUGACUCCACUGCACGUGGCUGUGCACCACAACAACUUGGAGAUUGUCAAGCUGCUGCUACCCAAGGGGAGCUCCCCACACAACUCGGCCUGGAACGGGUACACCCCCCUGCACAUCGCUGCCAAGCAGAACCAGAUGGAAGUGGCCAGCAGCCUGCUGCAGUAUGGGGCUUCUGCAAAUGCUGAGUCCAUGCAGGGAGUCACUCCCCUGCACCUGGCUUCCCAGGAGGGGCACGCAGACAUGGUGGCACUGCUUUUCUCCAAACAAGCCAAUGGCAACCUAGGCAACAAGAGUGGCCUGACUCCUCUCCAUCUUGUGGCCCAAGAGGGGCAUGUGCUGGUUGCUGAUGUUCUAGUGAAACAUGGAGUCACAGUGGAUGCAAUGACCAGGAUGGGCUAUACCCCACUGCAUGUGGCCAGCCAUUAUGGGAACAUCAAGCUGGUGAAGUUUUUGCUGCAGCACCAGGCGGAUGUCAACGCCAAGACCAAGCUGGGCUACACGCCCCUGCACCAGGCGGCACAGCAGGGCCACACGGACGUGGUGACACUGCUGCUGAAGCACGGCGCGUCUCCCAACGAGAUCAGCACGAACGGCACCACUCCCCUGGCCAUCGCAAAGCGGCUCGGCUACAUCUCGGUCACAGACGUGCUCAAGAUUGUCACGGACGAAACCGACAUCCCGUCAGUUGGUGACAAGCACCGAAUGAGCUUCCCAGAGACUGUAGACGAGAUUCUGGAUGUAUCCGAGGAUGAAGGCACUGCUCAUGUCACAGUAAUGGAGGAAGAGCUGAUUGCACCAAAGCCCAAGACACCUGAUCUCAGAGACCAGGAAGGCAAAAGGGAGAUACUGGAGUUCAUGACCACAACGACACUGGAGCAAACGGUGGAGUCUCCAGCUGUCCUGCAGGUCCCCUGCAUCCCACCUGAAACUGUGGUGACCAGAGCUGAGGAGACUGAGCAGGUAGGACCUGUGGAGACAGAAGCUGAGCAAGUCAGCCUGCUGCAUGCACCCUCGGUGUCCCCACAGGAGCCCUCCAAAGAGUUCGACGAGGACUCCCUGAUCCCCAGCAGCCCUGCCACGGAGACCUCAGACAACAUCAGCCCGGUGGCCAGCCCCGUGCACACAGGGUUCCUGGUGAGCUUCAUGGUGGACGCUCGUGGUGGCUCCAUGCGGGGCAGCCGGCACCACGGGCUGCGCGUGGUCAUCCCGCCGCGCGCCUGUGCCGCGCCCACGCGCAUCACCUGCCGCCUGGUGAAGCCACAGAAGCUCCCUGCGCCCCCGCCGCUGGCCGAGGAGGAGGGGCUGGGCAGCCGCAUCAUUGCCCUGGGGCCUGCUGGUGCCCAGUUCCUCAGCCCUGUCAUUGUGGAGAUUCCACACUUUGCCUCGUACGGCCGUGGGGACCGUGAGCUGGUGGUGCUGCGCAGCGAGAACGGCUCUGUGUGGAAGGAGCACCGCAACCGCUACGAGGAGAGCUACAUGGACCAGCUGCUCAAUGGCAUGGACGAGGAGCUGGAGAGCCAGGAGGAGCUGGAUAAGAAGAGGGUCUGCCGCAUCAUCACCACUGACUUCCCUCUCUACUUCGUGGUCAUGUCCCGGAUUUGCCAGGACUGCGACAUGAUUGGCCCCGAGGGAGGGUGUUUGAAAAGCACACUGGUGCCCAUGGUACAGGCCACCUUCCCAGACACUGCUGUCACCAAAAGAGUGAGGCUGGCGCUGCAGGCACAGCCUGUGCCCGAUGAGCUGGUGACGAAGCUUCUGGGGAACCAAGCGACCUUCAGCCCCAUUGUCACCGUGGAGCCGCGACGGAGGAAGUUCCACCGCCCCAUCGGCCUGCGCAUCCCACUGCCACCAUCCUGGAAGGACAAUCCCCGGGACAGCGGCGAGGGUGACACCACCAGCCUGCGCCUGCUCUGCAGCGUGAUCGGAGGGACAGCCCAAGCCCAGUGGGAAGACAUAACAGGCACCACAAAGCUGGUCUAUGAAAAUGAGUGUGCAAACUUUACCACCAAUGUGUCUGCCAGGUUCUGGCUGGCUGACUGCCCACGCACAGCUGAGGCUGUGCACUUCGCCACCAUGCUGUACAAAGAGCUGACAGCUGUGCCCUACAUGGCCAAAUUCGUGGUGUUUGCCAAGAUGAACGAUGCACGAGAAGGCCGGCUGCGCUGCUACUGCAUGACUGAUGACAAGGUUGACAAGACUUUAGAGCAGCAUGAGAACUUCACUGAGGUGGCCCGCAGCAGGGACAUUGAGGUGGUGGAGGGAAUGCCCUUGCACGUCGAACUCUCAGGGAACCUGGUGCCUGUCAAGAAGGCCGCUCAGCCCCGCACCUUCCUCUUCCAGUCCUUCCGGGAGAAUCGUCUUGUCAUCCCCAUCAAGGUGCGGGACAGCAGCCGGGAAGCCAGCGGCUCCCUGUCCUUCCUGCGCAAGGCCAUGAAGUACGAGGACCUCCAGCAUGUGCUCUGCCACCUGAACAUCAGCAUCCCGCCCUGCAGCAAGGGCAGUGGCAGCGAGGAGCGAAGGAGGACGCUGACGCCCUUGUCUCUGCGGGAGCGAUACAGCAUCCUCAGUGAGACCAGCUUUGGCUCUCUGAGCAGCACGGACAAGGCAGACCAGAAGAUGGUUGACAUAGCAGAGCAGCUGGGCCUCAGCUGGGCCGAGCUGGCACGUGAGCUGCAGUUUGGGGUGGAUGACAUCAACAGAAUACGUGUGGAGAACCCCAACUCCCUUCUGGAGCAGAGCAUAGCCUUACUCAACCUCUGGGCCAGCCGCGAGGGCAAGAAUGCCAAGAUUGAGAACCUGUACACGGCACUGAGGAACAUCGACCGCGGUGAGAUUGCCAACAUGCUGGAGGGCUCUGGUCGGCAGAGCCGCAGCCUGAAGGGAAGCUGGCGCUACACGGACAGAGACUACUCCCUCUCACCAUCCCAGAUGAAUGGUUACGCUUCACUGCAGGACGAGCUGCUGUCCCCUGCCUCCCUGCAUUAUACACUGCCAUCCCCGCUGCGUGCCGACCAGUACUGGAAUGAGGUGGCCAUCAUGGAUGCUAUCCCCAUGGCUGCCACUGAGCAGGAUGCCCUGAUGGAGAUGUCCGACAUGCAGGUGUGGUCCUCGGGGCUCACCCCCUCGCUGGUGACUGCUGAGGACUCCUCUCUGGAGUGCAGCAAGGCUGAGGACUCGGAUGCCACGAGCGAAGGCCGGUUCCCAGGGCAACUUCUAGCAGAUGCUCAUGGCCCAGACCACAUGGGCUCUAUGGACCUGGUUGAGGAUGACACAGUGGACUCAGAUGCCAUGAAUGGCCUGAUUGACCUUCUAGAGCAGGAGGAGGGGCAGAGGCCAGAGGGGAAGAUUCCAUCUGGUGAUCAUCAACCAGGGACUGGGGAGCAGGACCCGGAGAGUGAAGUCUCUUUUGUUUCAGUUCAGCAGAAGGUGCAAGCCAGGAUCAUGACAUCACCUACCUUUAGCCAUGCUGUGGAGAAGAGUGCAGACAGGCUGAGGGACUGGAAUGCAGAAGGCUCCUUUAUCUCCUGCCUACAGGACCUGACAGCGGGCUCCUGGCAGGAGGGAGUCACCCGAAGGCUGCUCCCAGCGCACACCACAGCCUCCGGGGCACAGGGCCAGGAGCAAGAGCAGGUCCUGGUGCCAGCCACGGAGCUGAUGCGGAUCAGCUUUGCAGAGGACAGCGAGUGGCAGCCUCAGCACCCCACAGGCGGCUGGCAGGAGGAGGCCGCCCCCCCCCCCCCCCCGGCCGACAGCCGCUUCUUUGGGCAGGGGAACGAAGCCCUUCAUCUCCCUGGAGAGCAGGUGACUGAGGAGCACUUCACCGACGAUCAAGGCAAUAUCAUCACCAAGAAGAUCAUCCGCAAGGUGGUGCGUCAGCUGGGCCCUGGUGACACGGGUGACAGGCACGAGCAGGAGGAGCUCAUUCUGGAGGGCUCCCUGCAGGAGCCCCAAGAGCUGGAGGCUGAGGACGAUCACUUCAUGAAAUACUCCAUCUUGCACCGGGAUGGUCUGGGCGCCAAGGAGGAGGUGCGAGUGCGUGUCCCGAAACCAGAGGUCUCUGGGGGCAGGAUGGGGGCUCAGAUAGUGAAACGAGCCAGCCUGAAAAGGGGGAAGCAGUGACCCCUCAAAUGGCCUCUUUUGAGGAUCACACCUCAACACCAAACCACUGAACUUCACACACGUUCUGACACAUACCUGAGGAGAGAGGCGAGGAGAGCAGAGAGUGGAGGGGAGCAGGGCUGGCUGUACAUGUUUCUAUAGGCUAAUGGCAUGAUUUUGUAUGAGA